AUGGCCAACACGCCGGUUGUCAACCACUACUACAUCAGCGAGGAGUCUCAGGUGCCGGUUCCCCUCUUUUUCACGCCGAAUGUGUCGAUGGAGGCCCUGGCCCUGAGUCAAUCGAAGGAUACCUCCAGCCAUCGUGGCAAGCGCGGACGGGAGCUGAUGCGGCAUGAUUAUCGCGUCAACGGAAUCGCUGUGAGAACGGCAGGACCCACUGCGGCCGACAAAAGCAUUCAUGACGAUGCUAGGGUCGUGAAUCCGUACGAGAAGAGCCAUCAAGGCCCUGUGCGGCCCAUCUCCAGCGAGGAGGAGCGGUCUCACCUUGACGAGUCUAUAGACUACUACAGACGUGCGAAAUUUCCACGGAAGGAACCUUUGAAGUUGCUGGAAGUCGGAGGUGCAUUUGCUGAGAAUAAUGCCACUACGGUGCACGCGGAGCUGCGGCUAAUACGGGAGCAGCAUGAUCAGUUAAGCAAACUUGUGGAGGAGACGCGGGUAGAGCUGCAACGCAGUCGUGAGGCACUUGAACGCUCAGAAGAAAGUGCCCGCCGCUGCGUUCAGGAGCUACGCGUAGAGGUGGCGCAACUGAAGAAGCAUGUAGAGCUGAUGGACGGAAGGCAGUCGUCGCUGGAGGGGACACUCGGAUCCUUCAAAGGGAUGCAGACGCUCGUGGACACCGUACGCGGCGACGUUGCUGCACUCCGCACUGAAGUAAGCCAAAAGUCUACUGCCAUCGCUCUUUUAGAGAAGUCCAUUGACGACGUCAAGAGACAAGCGCUCGCCAGCGCCACAGCGAGAGAAGUGCCGUCAUUUACUUGUCUUCCCAUUAACCCCGCCACGACGGCGGGUGCAGUCAAGGCGACGCCGGCCACGGAGGCUUUGGGAACACCAGCGAACGCUUUCGCCUUUGGUGGUGGCCCUACCACUUUGGCUGCCGCGGCUGGGACGGGGUUUGCCUCUGCUGCGAAGGCCGACGAAACUUCUUCUGGGCCUGCGGUCAAGAAUAAAAACCCUUUUUCGUUUGGUGGAUCCACAACAGGCGUGCCGCCGGCGACUGCGUCGGGGUUCGGGGCUCCCUCUGUGCCGGUGGCGACGCCCGCCGCAGUCUCCACGUUAAUGCCCAAAAAUCCGUUUUCCUCGGCGAGUGUAACAACCGUUAAUGCUUCCGGCUCCAGUAAUGCGAUGGCUUCGACCGAGCUCACCAAAGGAGGAACAACUACAACAAAUGUGACGGCCACCGCUGCACCGGCUGCUCCGUCUAGUAAUUUUGGCAAUGCACCCGCCUCCCCCUUUAGCGCCAUGCCUGCAGAAGAGGGCAAUGUAUCCACCGCCAAAACGGGGUUUGGGUUCCUAGUGGAGUCCGCCAAACCGCCAGCAACGUCGCAGGAGGCUGUGGCUACUGCUGUCUCCGCCGCCAUCCCUAAUCGCUUUAGCACCCCCUCAGGGGUUGGGGGUUUCACUGCUCCCCCCAGCGCCUCCACCGCGACGGCGUUUUCUCCGUUUGAUUCAGCGGGUGCUUCUUCGACUGCGCCGUCAAACCCGUUUGGUGCGCCGCCACCCAAGGGCACUACCUCUGUUUCCUUUCGUGAGUCGUUGCAGUCCGUUCAGGACGUUUCUGCCGCCCCCUUCGGUGUGCCGGGGGAAGCGUCGUUUGCCAAGCCCCUAACUUCCAGAGUCAUAUUCAAUACGGGCGAAGAGCCGGCUGCAGACAAAGAACCGCGCGUCUUCCACGAAAAAAAACGGGCCAACAGACGCUACUAG